AUGACUCCGAUUGAACAACAACAUACGCUUGCUUUGGCGACUGGUCGUAUACUCGAUGAUCCGGAGUGCUAUCGGCGUUUGGUUGGACGCUUAGUUUACUUGCUCGCCACUCGCCCUGAUCUAACGUACUCGGUUCACAUACUCUCUCAGUUCAUGAAAGAACCAAGACAAGAACAUUGGGAGAGUGCCUUGCGUGUUGUUCGCUACUUGAAAGGCACACCAGGGAAAGGAAUUUUGUUGAAGUCUGAUUCUGAUUUACAGCUCAAAGGAUGGUGCGAUGCUGGCUAUGCGGGCUGUCGUUUAACUCGUCGCUCAUUGGGUUCUUGGUUUAUUACGCUUGGUUCUUCGCCCAUCUCAUUGAAAAGUAAGAAGCAAAAUGUCGUCUCUCGGUCCUCUGCGGAGUCAGAGUAUCGUGCCAUGUCGCUUACAGUUGGUGAAUUGCAAUGGUUACGUGAUGUUCUUAUUGAUAGUAAAUAA